AUGUCAAUAGUCUCCUUUGAAACACUGUGCCUGGAAGAUGAUGACAGUCCAUCUCCAAUUAAUUCUCAAGACUCAGAUGAUGAGUUUGACUUGGAGUCAGAUGAGAACAAGACGAACAAAGAUAAAAUGUCUGUAGCUGAGGUAUACAUGCAGGCCUGCAAACGGGUGGGUGUGGUUCCAGUUUCUUAUUUUAUCAGAACUUGUGGUGAUCCAACUGUGACACUCACACACCGAGGACUUGGGCCUUUAGGGUGCAAGGCUCUCGCCUUUGCUUUAGUGAGUGAUAUGAGCAUCAACACACUGGAACUGGCAGACAAUGACGUUCAAGCUGAAGGAGCCAAAUACCUGAUGGAGAUGUUGAGGGUUAAUUUGACGAUCCAGCACUUGGAUUUAUCAAACAACUAUCUUAUGUCUGCUGGAGCUGAAUAUGUGGCUAAAAUGUUGCUGAACAACAUUUCACUGAACUCUAUUAAACUUUCAGGAAAUGAAUUCAUGGAUGAAGAUGCUCAACAUUUUGCAGAGGCCUUGUCAAGCAAUUCAAGGAUAAAAGACCUGGACCUGAGCCAUAAUAAGUUUUGUGAAAGAGGAGGGGAACAUAUGGGACAGCUGCUAGCAAACAAUGAAGGCUUAGAGGUGCUGGACCUCAGUUGGAAUCAUCUCAGAAUGAAAGGGGCUGUUGCUCUUUGUGCUGGACUAAAGGUGAAUAUGAUAUUAAAACACCUCGACUUGUCAUGGAACGGCUUUGGUAAUGAAGGAGCCCUGGCCAUGGGAGAAGCCCUAAAGUUCAACAACACUCUGGUGCAUCUCAACCUCAACAACAACCGCCUCACCAACGAGGGCGUCAGCAUGCUGUGCUUGGGUCUGGAGUGCAAUGACUCGCUCCAAGUCCUGCAGCUAGCUUAUAAUGCUUUAACAGUAGAGAGUGCACUGGCCCUGGUCAAUAUGGUGAAGAACUCACCUAAAACUGCCUUGGAGGAGAUCAAUAUUUGUAAUGUACUGGUGAAUGAGAACUUUGUGAAUCUGUUGGAGCUGACGUGUCAAAAUCAUCCUGGUCUGGAAGUACACUAUCGAGGAGUAGGAGGCUUUAUUGCCAAGAAGCCGCCAAAACGAGUUGAUCCAAUGAAAGUAGUCCAGGAUUAUCUUGACAACCACAAGCUGCGCCUUUGGGAUUUCUUUCGGAAUAUUGAUAAAGAUGGCACCAUGCGAGUCCCUGUCACAGACUUCAGGAGGGCAGUUCAGCAAUCAAGCAUUCCUUUGGAUCGAUACCAAAUUGAGGAGCUGAUUCACAGACUUGAUCGUGACAGGACAGGGAUGGUGGACUACAGGGGACUGGCAGAUACACGAAAACAAAUGAUGAGAGAUCACCGUCGCCACAUAAGGAAGGUUGAGUCCCGUCAGAAGAAAGAGAAGCAGAAGAGUGAUCGCAUCCUGAAAACCUUCCACAGCGCGGUGGAGGCAGUCACACCUCGGGCCUCCAUGGUCAUAUCCCCCGGAGGUGCCAAGGAAGAAUCCAGUGGCCCUCAACCAUUUUCUGCCACCCCUCUCAGCUCUUGGCACCAUAUUAUGUUGUCAAACAGCAGCCGGUACUCUGUCACCAAUCUGAGCAGCGAGCACGUACACCUGCCUAUGAUAGGGGGCACCUCACCGUACCGACCCACCAGCUCCCCAGCAAUGUGGUCCUACUCCCAACCCAACCUGUUGACCGACUCCCAUCGAUCUGCAGCUGGCAAGUCCAUCUCUGCUCCGGGUAUUCGCUCUGAUCCACAGAUGGGCCACAACAAACUCAGCCCUACUGCUAACAGCCUGACCAGGUCCAGGCCUGCUCUCACUGCCAAGGAGCCAGAGGGUUCAGUCAAACCCAAGAAAGUGAAGAAAAGAAAGACAAAGAAACAAGUUAAUAAAGACUCAAAAUAA